AUGUUGUCCGCCCUCUCCAACGCUGCUCUGAGCGCUGUGAGUAUGCCAGAUUCUCUCCGCGCAUAGGCGACCAAGAGGCGUCGAGAUUCGAAGAGGUGCUCGGGACGAGCCAAGUCUUCGACGGUACAAAUGCUGAUACGUUCAUCAAAUUGUCUUCUUCAGACCCGCUCUAGAGCUCCCAUGGCUGCUCGCUCCCUCAGCAGCUCUGCCAUUGCCAGCAAGGGUACGUCUCGUCUCUUCUCAUCUCAACUCAAUGCACCCGUUUGCGCGUUUCGGAUUGUCAUCUGACGUGCAAUGCCCUUUCUCGAUGCUUUGCGCGCUUUGCUGGCGCAUCAGACUUUGUGCAGGAGAUCUACAUCAAGGAGCUAAAGGCUUACAAGGCACCUGCCAAGGUGAGCAUCGCAGAGGAGACGCGGAGGUCGCAAUUCUGUGCUGCUCGGUCCUGGGCUCAGAGCCUAGAAUGCCGAGGAUUGCGGGGCAGGGAUGGUGGCACGCGUGGUUUGAUUGGUGGAGUAGGAUGGAAAGGAAGGCAGGGCAAGAAGCCAAGGAUUACAGCAGCCUUGCAUUGGACGGCUUGACGUUUUUCCGGCGAUCCAUACAGAUUGAAGGGAAGAGCUUGGCUUGGGACUUGGGUGCAGAGGUUGGUACUGUACGGCCACCUUUUGCAGCGCGCAAUGCUCAGCUCUUCCUUGCGAUCUCAAAGAACCGGCGAUCAAGCACUGACUCCCACACUCCUCUCCUGCACAGUCUGCCGAUGCUCACAAGGGUCAAGUGCGAGACUUUCACGCUCCCAAAGCGCCACAAGCUCCCAGCGUCAGCACCUCUGACAUUUCCUCCGAGUUGGACGCCUACUCCAAAUCCGAGCCCGACGUGGCCGAAGCUUCUGCUUCCUCCUCCUCCUCUGGCAGCUUGCUCGAGAGCCACGAGGACGUGAAUGCGUGGCUCGAGGAGGCCAAGAAGCCCGUCGUCAAGGAACACCACUAA